UCCGUCCGGCGCUGUGAGAAAUGCCGUCGAGCCCAAGUCCAAUGGCCUUCGGCAAGGGGAAGGGUCUGGCCGUCUCGUUCCUGCAAGCCGUGGUGCUCGGGUUGGUUCUCGCGUCGGCGGCGCCGGUGGUUCGGUCCUGGAGCAAAGAAGGUCACAUGCUCACAUGCCGGAUUGCGCAGGAUCUGCUGGAGCCUGACGCCGCGCAUGCCGUGAAGAACCUCCUCCCGGACGACGUGGACGGCGACCUGUCGGCGCUCUGCGUGUGGCCGGACCAGGUCAGGCACUGGUACAAGUACAGGUGGACCAGCCCGCUCCACUUCAUCGACACCCCUGACAAAGCCUGCAGCUUUGACUACUCAAGGGACUGCCACGGCCCCGAUGGCGCGAAGGACAUGUGCGUCGCCGGAGCCAUCGCCAACUUCACGUCCCAGCUUCUGCACUACAAGCACGGCAGCGCUGACCGGAGAUACAACUUGACUGAAGCCCUUCUGUUCUUGUCACACUUCAUCGGAGAUGUUCAUCAGCCGAUGCACGUGGGGUUCACCAGCGACCAAGGGGGGAAUUCGAUAAACCUGCGCUGGUUCAGACACAAAUCUAAUCUCCAUCACGUGUGGGACAGGGAGAUCAUACUGACAGCUCUCGAUGAACUCUACGGCAAGGACAUGGACAUCUUCCGGAAGCAACUUGAGCACAACUUCACCAAGGGUCCAUGGUCCGAUGAUGUAUCAUCUUGGGCAGACUGCGAGGACCUCUUAUCCUGCCCAACCAAGUACGCUACAGAGAGCAUAGGCUUGGCAUGCAAAUGGGCGUACAACGGCGUCCGUGAAGAGGAAACACUAUCCGAUGACUACUUCGAUUCCAGGCUUCCUAUCAUCUCGCGGCGGAUCGCGCAGGGGGGAGUGAGGCUGGCCAUGUUCCUGAACCGGAUCUUCGGCCAGCACAACCGUGACGUAACACCACCGUCCUGAACCUGAAUAGCUGCUGUUUCAGCUAUCAAAACUGAACCACACCUACUUGUAUGUUCUACGAGUAUUGUAACGCAGAUACCAAAUGUCAUUUGUAGUUGUUUCAAGCUGUUCCUGUGUAGAUCAUUACAAGUCUGUUGUCAAACUCCAUGUCGAAUAAAUUGACGAUUU